AUGGGUUUGCAAACGAAUAAUGAACAAGAAUCAUUGUACUUAAAGGAAAUACUUUCAGCAGUCAGUAUCCAGUCUAGAUUAAUGAAGCAAUGUCUUGAUAAACAUAGGCUUAUGGAUGGCAUUAAACAUUGCUCCAACAUGUUGGCAGAAUUACGAACUUCUGCUUUGACGCCUAAACCUUAUUAUGAACUGUAUAUAUCAGUAUUUGAUUCGAUGCGUUACUUGACGGAUUACUUGCGCGAGUGUCAUGAAACAGGAAAGCAUCAUUUAGGUGAUCUGUAUGAAUUGGUUCAAUACGCGAGUAGUAUCAUACCCCGUCUUUAUCUCAUGAUCACAGUAGGGUCGAUUUACCUAAGUGUCAAAGAUUCCCCUCCCCCACCAGAUAUUAUGAGCGAUAUGAUGGAAAUGGUCAGAGGUGUUCAGCAUCCUCUUCGUGGGCUAUUUCUUAGGCAUUAUUUAGGUGGAAUGACUAGAGAUUUCCUGCCCAACGAUGGCAGCUAUCUCGAUGCAGCGAUCCAAUUUAUUCUAACAAAUUUUGCUGAAAUGAAUAAGCUUUGGGUACGAUUACAACAUAUUGGUCACACAAGAGAUAAAGCAAAACGGGAGUCUGAACGUAAAGAAUUGGGUACACUGGUUGGAACAAAUUUGGUCAGAUUAAGUCAACUGGAAGGUGUGGAUUUAAAAGUAUAUCAGACAGAUAUUUUGCCUGGUAUGCUCAGCCAAGUCAUCAACUGUAAUGAUGUCAUGGCGCAAGAGUACCUGAUGGAAGUUAUUAUUCAAAUAUUUCCCGAUGAGUUCCACAUGCAUUCAUUGAAGCCGUUUUUGGCAACCACAGCACAACUUCACUCCAAAGUAAAUAUAAAGGCAAUUAUCAUGUCUUUACUUGACCGCUUGACCGCAUUUGCCAAAAGUGAAGAGAUAGAAGGGAAUCUUAUGAUGAAGGAAGGAACAACCUUGUUUACCAUGUUUUGGAACGAAAUUAUGGAACUAGUAAAGACACGUCAGGAUUUACCCGUACAAGAUCAAACGUCCCUUUUUGUUUCUCUGGCUAAUUUUUCUCUAUCUUGUUACUCAGACCGUUUAGACUACAUUGACCAAAUCUUGUUGUUCACCAAAGAGUCCAUAUUUUUCAAAGAUACAGCAGAUUUACAUUCCAAGCAGUCGGAAACAAAUGUUCUGAACCUUUUGUUAGCACCAGCUCGAACCUGGGAUGUAUUGACAUUAAUCACUAGCCUCAAAUAUUACCAACCUUUACUUGCAAUGCAGCCGUACAACACACGCCGUUCAGUUGCCUUAGCUAUUCUGGAUAAUAUAUUGAGCAAGGAAACAAAACUGGAACAGCCACAGCAGGUAUAUCAGCUACUUGAGAUUUGUCAUGUCCUGAUCAAGGAAGAAAGUACCAGUACAACUGUUUCUGUAACACAACAGUAUUAUGGGGAUGAGGAUGACCGAGAUGAAAAGGGUUGGGUAGCAAGGCUUGUUCAUUUGUUCUAUUCGGAUGAUGAAGAUGUCCAAUUUUUGCUAUUGUCUGCAGCUAGAAAACAGCUGGAAACAGGUUCAGGUAACCGGAUCAAGGCUAUAUUUCCUUCGUUGAUAGUAUCCAGCUUAAAAUUGGCUAAAAGGUAUCAUAAAUACAACAAAAACAGCCAUAAAACGGACGAACCCGAGGAGAAUAUUAAUGUGAAUGAAUGGGAAAAGAAGAUGACAACGUUAUACAGAUUUAUCCAUCAAAUUAUAAUGAUCCUUUAUCGGCAAGGAGAUAAUACCGAGUCUCAAUGCGUACAAUUUUCUCUGAUGGCAGCACAAAGUGCAGAUUAUUGUGGGUUUGAGCAAAUAGCAUAUGACUUCUUUUUGGAUGCAUUCAAAGUGUAUGAGGAAUCUGUAUCGCAUUCAAAAGCUCAGUUUGAUGCGAUUGUGUACAGUAUUGGGUCAUUGAUGAAGACGUCGACAAGGUUCGCUAGUCAUUAUUCUUACAGUAAACUGAGUACAAAGAUCACGCUGUACUGCACAAAGUUAUUGAAGAAGCCUGAUCAAUCGCGGUCUAUUUACCUUUCGUCUCACUUAUGGGUGAAUGAAUCCCCCUCACGUGUGUUGGAAUGCUUGCAGAAAUCACUCAAAAUUGCUGAUAGCUGCAUGGACACUGUCACGAACGAAUUGCUCUUUUUAGAGUUAUUGAAUCAGUACAUUUAUUACUAUGAGCAGGGAAAUCCAAUGGUUACUGCGAAAUACCUUGAUGGGCUUGUCGAGUUAAUCCAAUCACAUUUAGACGUGAUUGAUCAACCUGACCAACAUCCUUUCACGGCUAACUCAUCCAGUCUAAUUGAACAUGAGAAGGAUGAUAUCAUUCCCUAUGUGACACGUCAAUUUGAAACUGCUGUAACAUACUUGAAAUCCAUUAAAGAUAGGGACGAUUAG